AUGACAAUUAAAGAGGAUCAACAACUCAGUAACUCUGAGUACUGGGAUAGCCGUUACGUUAAUUCCAACGGCGAUGAUCCCACGCAUGAGUGGUUCCGCUCAUUUGAGCAUCUUCAACCGUUCCUUGGAAAGAACCUUCUUGAGCAACCAGGUCGCACAGCUCAGGACAACCCGAAAGUUCUUCAUCUAGGUUCUGGAGAUAGUGUUGUCCCUGCUGAACUCGCUGGACGAGGCUAUAAAGACCAGCUAUGCGUCGACUUUUCUCCAGUGGUGGUCGAACUUAUGACGGAGAGACAUAAGGAUAUUCCUGGAAUCGAAUGGCAGAGAGUCGAUGUUCGGGAUAUGCCAACGGUCACCACUGGCUCGAUUGACGUUGCGUUUGAUAAGGGAACCUUGGAUGCCAUGAUUUACGGCAGCCCUUGGAGCCCACCUGAUGAAGUGAAAGAGAACACAAGCAAGUAUCUUAAGGAAGUCUACCGCGCGCUGAAAGACGACGGAGUAUUUCUUUACAUCACAUUUAGACAACCCCAUUUUAUGAAAUUACUUUUGAAUCCGGAUAAUAUUUGGGAUAUGGAGAUGGAAGUUUUGGGAGAUGGUGGAACGUUUGAUUAUUACGGAUACGUUAUUAGAAAGUCCAAGCCUCAAUAG